AUGGAUUAACCAAUAGGAAUUGGAGGAUUUAAAUUGCAACAAGUUAUAUCAAAAGAAAUGAAUUAAAUGAGACAUAGCGUUGAUCCUCGAACCUCUUUGUAAAUGAUAUUGAGCCAAAGAUCUUAAGCUUAAUUUUAAUAAGUUGUUGAUUAAGAAGUUCCUUAAGAAUAACCAUUAAAAUUGUUGAGCAAGAAAAAAGUAAAUGAAAAUCCAUAUUAGUAAUAUAGGGAAAAAGAUUUGAAUUUGAAAUCUCUUCUGAUUCAAGUUCUUUUUCAAUUACAUCUGAAGAAUCUUCGAAUUCUCAAAAAUCAUAACACUCUACUAAUUAUUUACUUAGAUAAUAAGCUGCAGCAUCAUUAAAAUUAUUGGUCAAAGAUAAUAAAUAAUAGAUAAGAUUACCAAAUAUUCCUAUAAGAAGCAUUUCUAAUGAGAAAUAACAAAUUAAUUUCUUGAAAGGACUAUAACAAAAUUCUGAAUUGAGUGAGAACAAUUAAAUAGAAGAAUAUUAUUAAUAAGGGAAAAUAACUGUCAAAUUGAAAAGCAAAGAUUUUAUGACAUUUAUGAGAUGGCAACAUGAAGUCGAAGAAUUAAAAAGAAAAAAGAGAGACUUUGAUGAAUAAAAAGACAGACAUUUCUAAUUAACUAAAGGAGACACUGUUACAAAGAUGGAAUAAUAGAGAAAAGAAGAAAUAAUGAAGAAAAAGAAAAAUAGAUAUUCAGAAUCAUGGAUUGUUGGUAUUUCAUUGGCAAAACGAUUUUUAAGAAUUGGUAGAAAAAGAGCACGGGCUACAUUAUAAAGAAAUGCCAUAAAAACUUUAACUGGUAUUCAAAGUGUUCCUCAUUUAAGUGAUUCAAAUAGAUCUGAUGAUGUUAGAUCAAUGGCUAGUUUUAGAGAAAUUUAGAAUCCCUAAAUGUGA